AUGGAAGCUCACUAUUGUGAGCCUCAUUUCCAAUCGAUCAAAUCGAGGUUGUGGUCAGCAAAAUGUCUGGACGUGGAGGAGUUUCCAGUGGGACGUGUACACCGCCAGCUUCGCAAAGGGAACUACGCCAGUCAUAUUGGAGUGCUCGAACUGGCCGGGAAUGCAGCUCGCGACAACAAGAAGACCCGCAUCAACCCUCGUCAUCUCCAGCUAGCCGUACGCAACGAUGAAGAAUUGAACAGGCUGCUCUCCGGUGUUACAAUUGCUCAAGGUGGUGUUCUACCAAACAUCCAAGCUGUCCUUCUCCCCAAGAAAACAGCUGCUGAAGCAAAGUGA